CACCCCUCUCGCUGCAACCGAAAUCGUACUUCGCUUUAUUCCCCCUCCGCCCGCACCUCUCUCUCUCUCUCCCUCUGUCAUGGCGGAAAAUAGGAAGAGACCCGAACGGGAAAAUGCCGAGGACGAUGCGGCGAAACGCGGCCGGUCGCCUGCGGCGUCGGUUGACGAGAGCGACGGGGAAAUGGCGGCAUGGUUGCUGCUGGACAUUGAGGACGACGAACUUUCGAAACUUCUGGAGGCGGAGGCGGAGGGGGCGCCACCGCCGCUGGCAGUGAGGUUCAUCGAAGACCCCUACUCGUGGCCUUUGAUCUUCGGGUCGUCUUAUAUUACCAUCAACGGCAACGAGGAGUCGUGCGGGUCGUCGUUCUCGGACUGGGAGUCGUCCGUCAUGGCCAGCAUUGACGUCGGCGGGACCCGCAUUGCCUGCGGCGGGGGCGUGGAGGGGGGUAGUGGAGCGAACGCCUCCGAUUUUGACGAUGAAAUGCUGAGGAGGUUUCUGGGCGAAGAGCUGUUCCAGUAGACAUUGCAGAAAAGAAAAGGAAAAAAGAAAAAGGAAAAGAAAUGGGAUUAGGGUUUUUAGGGUUUUAAUGGGGGGUUGGGUUGGUUGGUUUUGUGUAGAAGAAGCGAAGGUUCUAUUCAGUGAAUAUAUAUGUAAAAAGAAAAAGGAAAGGAAAGAAAAGAAAAAGACAUGUUCGAAAGCGAA